ACUGCAAGACCAGGGGCUCCGUGCUCCUCUAACCCCCACCUCUCCCCUCCAGGCGUUGAGAAAGGCUGCAAGGCUGAGUGCCACACAAUGCCCGCUGCCUGCCGCCCUUCUGGCAAAGCCCCACUGCUGGCAUCCCCCCCCCUGGGCAGCCCCCUGCUGCCCGAGCCCCCUCCUCUGGGUAGGAACAAGAGCAAGAAGCGAAGGAACAGGACAACUUUCAGCACCUUCCAGCUGGAGGAGCUGGAAAAGGUCUUCCAGAAGACUCAUUACCCCGACGUUUAUGCCCGCGAGCAGCUGGCACUGCGCACAGACCUGACCGAGGCCAGGGUGCAGGUCUGGUUCCAGAACCGAAGGGCCAAGUGGAGGAAACGGGAGCGCUAUGGGAAAAUCCAGGAGGUGAGAACCCCUCGUUUCACCCCACAUCACCACACUUCACCCCAAGCCCUGCAGUCACACCACCCCCCAGCAAAGCAGAGAGCACUUCGCCUCCUCACUUUGCUGCAAAACUGCAUUUUUCUUUUCCACCAAAUACUAAAAAGCAUAAAAAGAACCUAAAACCAACCAGCCCUGUGCCCCCCCGCUGCUCUCUGUGACUGCUGUGUGGCACAGAGGCAGCAGCAGCACCAGAACACGAGGCUGGGGGCUGCCAUGGGGGUCCCCACACCCAAGGCAGUGCUGUCAGGAAGGAGAUCCCCAUCACGAUUCACUCCCCACCCAACGGAAAGAAAGCAAAGACAGCCCCUUGGUUGCCCCCUGUGGGUAGGGGGGGGUUCAGGAUGUGGGGUGUGGAUGAUGAUGCAGUGCCCACCGUCACUCUGGGGUCUUGGCUCCUUUCUUCCAGCUGCAGAACAACCUGUGGCCGAGCUCUGGCAGCCCUGCAGGGCCCUGCCUCGUGCCCCCUGACAGCAUCCCAUCGCCGUGCGUGUCUCCGUAUCCCCACGCUCACAGCAACAUCACCAGCUUCGUGGGCAUCCCUGCCUCUCCCGGCCACCCCCCCGGCAUCAACAGCCUCUACUCCCUGCAUGGCCUCACCCCCCCGAGCCUCAGUGCCCCCCAAUUUGAGCCACCACCAAUGGAGAAUGACUACAAAGCGCCCACCCUGGUGACGCUGCGGAUGAAAGCCAAGGAGCCGGGCAGCCUGCUGGGCUGGGCCACGUAACCCCUGCAUGGCACACAGACCCCAAGGCAGCGUGGUCCACGCAUCCCUCCUGCAUCCCUAUCUGCCAGAUUGCUGCAGCCCAGCCCUCUGCAAUCAGGACCCUCCCUUGGAAAGGGGAGUGGGGGGAGCAGAGCGCAGCCCAGAGCGGCUGGGAUCUGAUAGAGGGGGCUGUUGGCAUCUGCACCAGGGAGGUGUGGGGAAAUCACUCCCAAACCACACCUGAAGAGCACACGGCAUCCCUGCACCCAUCCUGCCCAGCACCCACGUCUGGGGCAGGGAGGCUGCGUGGGGUGGGGGGAAUGAGUGCUGGGAAAGGGGGAUUGCUGGGGGCAGAGCAAAGGCUGGGGGCAGAGCCAGCCCACCCCAUCACAGUGCUCACCUCAUCAGAGCUUCCCUGCACCUCAGCCAAAAACCCCACACCAAAUCAUCAAUCCCACUCUGCCCCCAGCUCUGCUGCAUCCCGAUGUCAGGGAUGGAAAGUGGGGACCCCUCAGAGAAGGGCCCAGCCCUCACCACCAGCCCUCACCACCAGCCCCCAUUUGGGUCAAAAAACACCCAAACCCAAAAGUUUCUGUGCAAAAGCCCCAAAAAACCUCUCAGCAGCCCGAGGACACCAUGGGUAUGGCCGGUGCACCAACAGGGAACACAGCCCCAUAGGGAGACCCAUGCUGCUCCACAGCCCCCUCCCACUCACAGAGAUUUUGCUCCCUUCUAAACAAUAAAACCACACUUUUAGGAACCUGAUUUCUCCCCCCCUGCUGC